AUGAAGCUCUACUUGGGAUACCUUAAUACAUUUAUUGUGCUUUUCAUGGUGCACUUAUCGAAGGCGGAAAUUCCCGGCUGCAAUUACAUGGAAACUGUGGAUCUCUCGUUCAGUCCGCAGUUUCCAAAUGGGUCCUACCUAUACCAGGAUAGCUUGUUAGUUCCUUUACAUUUGACUGGCCAGUAUGACUACAUGGAGACGGAGAGGGGAGUCAAAAUUAAAGCGGAAAACCACACGCGAGGAUGUGUCUGCCACCUGAAGGCCUGUAUCUGGAUCUGUUGCCGAUUCAAGGACAUGCAGCCCAAUGGCGAAUGCACUGAUGGUCUGAUGGAUAAACUAAGCGACAUCAAUCCCUACUUGAACGUGACUCUCCUUAACGGAUCUGUGGUCAAAAGAAACUUGCUCAGCGAUUUCAUAGUGUUAAGAGAUGCAAUGCGCUUCAGGGAUAUUUGGAAGGAACACGAGUAUACAUUGUUCGAGAACGGAAGUGCGUUACUCAAGGGCUACAACAGCGAGAAGCAGGCAUUUAGGGGAUAUGACUGCCUGCACCCGGACCAGUUCAGUUCAGAAAACAGAGGCUCUCUUGUGGUGGCUUUUCAUGAAAGCGUUUUCAACCAGAACCCAGAGACCCUGCAACCGGGAGCGAAUGAGCCAUUUUUGAUUCUGACGACAGCAGUGUAUCUCAAGGUGCAGAAACUCCGGAAUCUGCACGGCAAGGUCUUCAUCAGUUACAUGCUCACUAUAUUCAUGUUUCUGCUCCAUAUGUGGCUGGUACACUUUCAAAUACCCUUAAACUUUUGCGUUCUACGAGGUUACUUUUUAUACUUCUUCUCUAUGGCCAGACGUAUUUGGGUUUCUGCGUUGAGCUUUCAAAUGUGGAAAGAUUUUAAAUCGAUAAAACAAACUGAAUCUCGAAAUAGCUUUCUGGCCUACAGCAUCUUCUCCUGGGGAACUGCGGCUUUCAUGACGGGACUCCUUUUACUGAUGGACCAGUUCUGGGAUAACGAUCCCAGCAAAGUUGGCUGGAUAUCUGGAGUUGGAUGGGAAUAUCAAAUAAUUAUGCGUAUCUUCUUUAUCAUGGAUGUGCCCUGGGGCGUGCGCCUCAUCUUUGUCUAUCUUGGUUGGGCAACACUGGAAAGGAUAUGUCGGUACAUCGAUUAUUCCCUUGGCAUCAUUAUCUUCGUGUUGUUUAUUCUGAAGCGCAGCACGAUUCGGUUUCUAAUGGAAAGUAUACGGAAUAGAUGA